ACAUUUCAUAUAGAAAAUUACAAAUGCAAGAAAUUACAGAAAGAUUAAUUAAGCAUUUUAAAAAUAAAGAAUAUGCAGUUGCUUCUGAAAAAAAGAACUAUACUAUUCAUAUAAAAGAUCCCUUUCAUCCUAUGGAUAGCAUUCAAGCACCAUUGACAAGUGGAAUACCUAAAAAUUGUAGUGCGAAACUUCGUAAACCUAGUCAAUUUUCUUAUUCUAAUGAUAUGCAAUUUAAUGAAACUGAAACAAGUCAUAUCGAUGAAAUUAACCAAGAAUGCGCUAAUUAUGAUAGUCUUGAGGAUUUGUCACUUUCUGAAAUUUCAAUUAAUAAUAUUGAAAAUACUUCAAGGUUUGCAGAACCCCACUCAAUCCAAAAUGAUGCUACUUUUACUACAAAAAGAUCGCUUGAAGAACUUUUCCUUGAAAAAGAAUAUGCUUAG